AUGGAAACUCUGAGAAAAUCAAAUCGGCAAACAAAGCGAAAACUUAUUGUUGAUGAAAAGGAUGAAGAACUCGAAGUGGAUUCGGAGUUUUUGAAUUUUUCAAAUGAGAAAGAUAAAAGAAAAAACAAAUUCACAAAAGAACAAAUUCAUGAUAUUAUCAGAAAAGGAGAACCAGAAGUGAAAGUUAAGGUAAACCAAACAUUUGGAAUACACUUUUUAAAAGACUAUUUUAUAGUGUUCAGUUUGCGAUGAGAAUUUCGAUUAUAUUUACGAUUUAUUGGAACAUCGAGAAAUUGAACAUUCUCAUGAAGUUAUGUUAACUUGUACAAAUUGUGGAGAAACAUUUGAAAAGAAAGCACAACUUUAUAAUCAUUUGAUAUUGGAACUUGAAGCAUAUAAAUGUCAUCGAUGUGAGAAUUGUUUCAAAACCAAGGCACUUUUCGAUUUUCAUAAUAAUACAGCAAAAUGUCCAGUCAAUUAUAAUAACACUAAAAUACCAAUCAAAUGCUCAGAAUGUGAUGAAGUUUUUUCGAAUAUUCCUGAUUUAUUGAAUCAUCGAUUAUUGAAAUAUGGAGAAGAAAUUAUGUUAACUUGUGGAUUAUGUAAACAAAAAUUCGCGAAAAAAGGAGGAAUUCAUAGACAUUUAAAUUUGGUAACUUUUUAAUUGUUUCUUACAAUUUUUGAGAACCAUAAUUUUAGGAAUACAAUAGUUAUCAAUGUUCAAGUUGUGGAAGAGCACUUCGAGAUAAAUUUCGUUUAACUCAACAUGAAGCUAAAUGUUGUAAUUCUUCUUCUUCUUCUUCUUCAAUUGAACCAACUGCCGAAAACUUAAAAGUAAGUAAUGUUAAAUUUUUCCAUAAUUUAAUGUUUCAAAUAUUUAGUGUCACACAUGUGGAAUGACUUCUUUUGUGAAUAUUCCACAACUAUUAUCGCAUAUAUCAGAAAAACAUGGAAGAGAAAAAAUGUUGACUUGUGGAAUUUGCGGUUUGAUGUUCAAAUCAAGAACUGGAAUUUUGAGACAUCUCAAUAUCGAAUAUAAAUUAUAUAAUUGUGAAAAUUGUGGAAAAAGUAUUGGAGAAAAAUAUUUGCUAGUUAAACAUCAAGAAAUAUGCAAAAACAGUUUUAGUAUUGAUGUUUUGCAACAAAUAGUAAAUUGCGAAGAAAAAGCGAGUGGAUCUCAAUCAAACGAAGAAAUGGGAGAAGAAAGAAAAAAUAAUACAACAAUGCAGAAUCUCAUAGAUCAAUUGAUAAAAGGUGAAGAUUCAGAGAAUAAUGAAUGGAAUUGCGAAGUUUGUGAAUCGAUAUUUCAAAGUGCGGCUGAACUUUUCAUUCACAAAACAAAUUGUGGACACGAGAAAUUAAUUGAGGUGAUAAUUUCAAAAAAAAAAUGGAAAUCAAUAUUUAUUUUUUACAGUGUGUUCAAUGCCAAUUCAAAAAUUCGGAUCAGAAUGAAAUCGAUAAACAUCGAGAUACAGUACACAACAAACAGAAAUUUGAAUGUAGUUUUUGUGAUUUGAUAUUUGUAAAUCAUCGACAACUCAGUGAUCAUCAUAAUAAGGAACUUCGAAUUUAUGUUUGUCAAACUUGUAACGAAUCAUUCAGAUCUCAAUUAAUUCUUGACAAACAUCGUAAAACUCAUCCAACAUGUAGACAAUUUUUUGGUAUCUCAAAAUCAUAA